CCUCUUUGUGGCUGCAGUUGGCAAGAUGGCGCCGGUGGGGGUGGAGAAGAAGCUGCUGCUGGGCCCCAAUGGGCCGGCAGUCGCGGCGGCCGGUGACCUGACCAGUGAGGAGGAGGAGGGCCAGAGUUUGUGGUCUUCGAUCUUGAGCGAAGUGUCCACUCGCGCCAGGUCCAAGCUGCCGUCCGGCAAGAACAUCCUGGUUUUCGGUGAAGAUGGUUCUGGUAAAACAACCCUUAUGACUAAGCUACAAGGAGCUGAGCAUGGCAAAAAAGGAAGAGGCCUAGAGUACCUCUACCUCAGCGUCCACGACGAGGACAGAGAUGAUCACACACGCUGCAACGUGUGGAUUCUGGAUGGAGACCUGUACCACAAAGGCCUGCUGAAGUUUGCUGUAUCUGCUGAGUCCUUGCCAGAGACCCUGGUCAUUUUUGUUGCAGACAUGUCUAAGCCUUGGACUGUGAAGGAAUCUCUACAGAAAUGGGCUAGUGUUUUACGUGAGCACAUUGAUAAAAUGAAAAUUCCACCAGAAGAAAUGAGAGAACUGGAACGGAAGUUUGUGAAAGAUUUCCAAGAGUAUGUCGAGCCUGAAGAAGGUUGUCAGGGUUCCCCACAGAGAAGAGGGCCUUUGACCUCAGGACCGGAUGAAGAAAAUGUUGCCCUGCCUCUCGGUGACAAUGUGCUAACUCAUAACCUGGGGAUCCCAGUAUUGGUGGUGUGUACAAAGUGUGAUGCAGUGAGUGUCCUGGAGAAGGAGCAUGACUACAGGGACGAGCACUUUGACUUCAUCCAGUCACACCUUCGGAGCUUCUGCCUCCAGUAUGGAGCUGCCUUGAUUUACACAUCAGUGAAGGAAGAGAAAAACCUCGACUUGUUGUAUAAGUACAUUGUUCAUAAAACAUAUGGUUUCCACUUUACCAUACCUGCCUUAGUUGUGGAAAAGGAUGCAGUUUUUAUACCCGCAGGGUGGGACAAUGAAAAGAAAAUAGCUAUUUUACAUGAAAAUUUCACAACAGUGAAGCCAGAAGACGCAUAUGAAGACUUCAUUGUGAAACCUCCUGUGAGAAAGCUGGUCCACGACAAGGAGUUGGCAGCGGAGGAUGAGCAGGUAUUCCUAAUGAAGCAACAGUCACUCCUUGCCAAGCAGCCAGCCACGCCCACGAGAGCUUCCGAAUCCCCUGCAAGAGGACCUUCUGGCUCUCCAAGAACCCAGGGCCGGGGAGGGCCAGCCAGCGUACCCAGCGCCUCCCCAGGCACAUCGGUAAAGAAGCCAGAUCCAAACAUCAAAAAUAAUGCAGCAAGUGAAGGGGUAUUGGCCAGUUUCUUCAACAGUCUGUUGAGUAAGAAGACAGGCUCUCCUGGAAGUCCUGGUGCUGGUGGGGUGCAGAGCACAGCCAAGAAGUCAGGACAAAAAACUGUGUUGACAAAUGUUCAGGAAGAACUGGAUAGAAUGACUCGAAAACCAGACCCCAUGGUAACAAACUCUUCAACAGAAAAUGAAGCUUGAUACUCCUUAAAAAGUGCAUAUGUAAAAUGACCAAAUAACUAUGUAUAUUGAUCUGCUAAGACCAGGAUUUUUUUGAUAUGGCACAUGCUAUCAGUUUUUUGGGGCUGGGGAGAUAAAAAACAAAAAACAAAAAACAAAAAAAAACCACUUCAUUGGCUUGUCCAAGUGUGAAAUGCCCAGUUAGGAAGGUUACGUGUCAGACCCCUUUGUUAAGGAUAACCCUCGGACUCUCGGGCAUGUGGCUCUCUUGUGGACACAAGUGCAGCUGGGCUUCUUGUGGAGGGGAAGGUAGAUCGAGAGAAAGAGGCCCCAGUUCCUAUCAGGUGAAGCAAAUGAGACCAGGAAAUCAUUGAUCAAAUGGCAGUUUGACUGGUUGCCUGUUAGCAAAUUCACUUGUUCUUGGGAAGCAGAUGAAAUGGCAGAAAGUCCAGGAAAGAGAAAGACUGAAGGAGGAAUGAAAGAAGUGAUGAUGGGGAAGCUGAACGUUGAGGGAGGUGGAAGGAGGAGGAGAUGAGCAGUGUCGGUAAAUACUGUGUUCAGUAGAAGUCGAAUAAUCAUUGUUUAAGAUUUAAAUUUAGAAGCAUUUCCAAACUAAACACUAAGCAAAAUGGGAAUUAGAUUUGUUCUGAAUGCAUCUUUAGCUUAUUAGAGAUGUGUUAAGUGUGGGGGUGCCUGUGUCAGGUGGAGCUGACACGGGUGGGGAAGAUGGCAGGUUGCCCAGGACCCAUGUGCGUGAUCCAGGCCAUGGCCUGUAAGGAGGUGCUGGGCUCCACACAUGUGUAUUGUGGGGCAGACAGUCACUGUGGGGUGUGUUGAAAGUCAGCAGUUACAAAUUUAGUUGACUUUGAAUUGUGUUUUCUAAAUAGCUCCUACUUUAUUUAUUUUUUUAACUACCACAGGCUAGCCUACUAAUAGGGUGGGUGACUGACCUCUCAUUUUACUGUAAUGCAGUGUGCUACAGAAAGUCUGAGGGUGGUUGUUAACGUAAUUGCACUCUGGUUAAUUGGCUUGCACCAAUCCCUGCCUUACGGUCCGUGGAGACCUUCCCAGAUUUCCACUGAUGCAAAAGGGUCUUGUCUUAGCUCCCUGGUCUGAUCAGUGCUAUCAGAGGGAAAAAGAAGUGUGAAUGUUUUAUAUGGAAAUUAGAAGUGAUACAUUUCUCUGGUUUUGUGUUUUUCAUAAAAUGUAGCAUUUUUUUUUUCUUAUGGAAAUGAGUUUCAGGUGUCUUCCCAUUUACUACAAAUUCACGCACAGUGUCGUGUUAUGCCACCAUUCUGGAAAUGACUGUUGUGGAUUUGAAAUGGCACUUUUAUACAUGACACAGCGUUGAAAUGCAAACACUACCAUGAAUUUAAUGUGUAAAACAUUUGUUGUCAAACCAAGGGAAAAACCACGAUUCACUUAUGUGGAGUUUACUUUUUUAUAUGAAUGUUUUUUGUACUGUGUCUGCACAUAACUUCCCUAAUGUUGUUACUUUUACAUACCAGAUUUGAUUGACCACUAAUAUAGUACUGGGCAUAACUAAUUGCCUAUAUUAUAUAACAAGACUCUAAGAUGGUCUUGAAUUGCUUUUUUGUAAAUGUCUGAACACUGUUGAGAGAGCUGAGUAUUAACUUGCCUUUCUGACAAAAAAACAAAACAAAAACAAAAACCCCCAUGUUUCUUGUGCCAGUUUUAUUGUUGAAAAUAUGCUUUUUUUUUUUUUAAAUUCAGUUUAAAAUAUGUGUAUAUGUUGUGGCUUCCAAUGACCAGGUUGUCUAGGUAAUGACAGUAAACUGACUGUGGAAUGAUGGUUGUGGUGUAGUGACCAAUUGAUGCCAAACAGCCUGUGGCCACACUGAAGGUGGGUCACUUACUCUCUCCAUAGUGGCUGGGGAACAAAAUGAUUGACCUCAGAAGCAGUAAAGAAUUCUUGGAAAGGCAUAUGCCUAAGACAGAUACAGUGUGAUUUUUAAAUUUUAAUGCAAAAUUUCAUUUUUAUUUUGUAUCAUUUGAAAUGAUAAGCACUUUUUGUGUCAAUAUAAAAUGUUCUAAAAUUGAUGAAAUGCUAAGACACCUGUCUUAUGAAGGAAGGUUUUUUGGAGAUCACUUUUAGUUACUCAUGAGAAGUGGAUGCUCGUAUAUCAGAAAAAGCUGAUGCAUAGUGUCGUGUGCUCAGCGGUUGCCAAAGUCUACCAACUUUGGGGAGCUGCACAGUUCUUUUUUGCGGGGUGGAGGGAGGGGAGGUUUUUUUUGUUGUUAUUUUGGGGUUUUCAAGCAUUGGAACCAAAGGCCAAUCAACAAACAGCCUUUACUUUUUAAAGUAAAAUUAAUUUUAUUUGCAGAAUACACUUGUAUGGUAGACUGUUAAAGACAAUUUUGACUAUUUAUAUACAUUAUAGUGGUUACAUCUGCUGUUCGUCUUUAAAAUGGAAAUAAUCAAAGAAAUAAACCCAACCUUGAAGAUGUGGCUGAGAAAACGGCCACAAAUUGGUCUAUCCUAAAAAUGCAACGGGUAUGCUGCUAGGUUAUUUUAUUUUGUUUGCACUUUUUUUUUUGGAUUGGCAUUUUAAAAUCAGUAUUUAAACUGAAGGCAUUGUCAUGUUUUAUUAAUUUAACAAAGUUGAAAGUGACUGCUCUGUGUAUCAUAACCUUAACAAUGUUGAUGCUGUACGUGAACGUUCACUGUUGUCUACACACUAAGUUUAUGGUGUUUUUAACUUAAAAUUAGGACUGCAGCUUGUCCCCCACCAGCCUUAGUCCAGGGGUGUGGCUCUAUCUGGGUACAUACGCAGUCACGUGGAACCUUGCUUUCUAGUGCUGGAAACAAAAGAAGAUGUCUCUGAUUACUGGCUUCAAUAAACAUGAAUCCAGACAGCUUA